AUGCUGGCAAUGGAGGAGCUGUUGUGUGAGCUCAGAGAUCAUGAAAAGAAUAACGAGCAAGGCCUGCCACCGGGUUUUAGGUUUCACCCCACUGAUGAAGAACUUGUUACCUUUUACUUGGCUUCAAAGGUGUUUAAUGGGAGCUUCACUAGUGUCAAGUUCGCUGAGGUUGACCUCAAUAGAUGUGAGCCUUGGGAACUUCCAGAUGUGGCAAAGAUGGGGGAGAGAGAGUGGUAUCUGUUCAGCUUGAGGGACAGAAAAUACCCAACUGGACUUAGAACAAACAGGGCCACCGGAGCUGGAUACUGGAAAGCCACUGGGAAGGACAAGGAAGUGUUCAGUGCAUCAAGUGGCACCCUACUUGGAAUGAAGAAGACCCUUGUUUUCUACAAAGGUAGGGCCCCUCGUGGAGAAAAGACCAAAUGGGUCAUGCACGAGUACCGUUUGGACGGUGACUUUUCCCUUCCCCACCCUCACCCUCACCCUCAUCCUCAUCACAUCUCCAAGGAGGAGUGGGUGAUAUGCAGGAUAUUUCAUAAAUCCGGGGAAAAGAAGACUCCACUGCUCCAAGUCCAAGGACAUUCAGAUGUUUCUUCCUCCCCAGCAAAAAAUUCUUUACCUCCUCCUUUGCUUGCAAGCCCAACUUCCUUCGCAUUGGAACUAGAAUGUCAAUCCCAAAGCCCGGUUCUCAUUCACCACCACCAAGACCAAAAUCACCUCUCUCACUCUCACCCUUAUCUUUUCCCAGUGCAUGCAUCGCCAGAACUCACCAACGACCAUCAUCCAUCAUUUUCUGACCUAUUCUUCAAGCCCCUCCACCUCUCACAACAAAACUGCAUUCUCAAGGCCAAGGAAAAAACCGUUCCAAAAGUAAUCAAAUCGGAGGAGGCUGCAGCAUUCUAUCAGUACCCAUUACAAGAUGACGCUAGUAACUUGCGGUGGGUGAACAAGUUGAACCAAAAUCAAAGUAAUUUCCAAAACCCUUUUCCUGAUGUUGAGGUGGAUGCUGGGCUGAUGGGAUUCUCAGGAGGUGCAAAUGCUGAAGCUAAGGACAUGUCAAAUUCAACAGCCUUUAAUAGGGUAGGGUUGCAGCAGGUGAUAGAUGCUGCUCAUAUCGGAAUCGAUUCUUGGCAUCUGGCCCAGCAUGUUUAA